GCUUUUUAGUAAAAAAAAGAAGCGCUUGAAACAAAGUAUGAUUUCACAGUUCGCUCUUAUUUUUCUGAAAGUGACUCGCCUCAGAAGCAAAAAAAAGAGUUAAAAGGGAUGAGUGAGAAUGAGAAAAAGUGGGACAACUUUUGUGUUUGAGAAUCGAGCUUUUUAGACAAAUAUAUUGGACAUUUCUUUCAAGUUAUAAGAUGUCAUGUGGCCUUGUUUCUAAAGUGCUGUCGAAUACAGAAAGAGGACUUAAAAUAUUUAUCAACAAGAGCGACAAACAAAUUUUAGAUACCGAAAUUCUAAAGACCAAAGUUAUAAGCUUGAAAUGUUUUUAUAGUAGUCAAUUACUUGAAAGUUAAAAUGAAAUUGAACAUUAAUGAAUUUAAGAAAGAAAAACGUCUGAAAAUGAAAAUAAGGUUUCGGAAACCAUUUCCGCUCAUUUUCUGAAUCAAGGACUACCCUUUUGAGUCCUAAAAGUCAAAUUAGAACCUGUUGUUUUUGGGAGAAAUUGACCGACACCGAACGUGUAGAUAUUUAGUGGAAAAAUUGAAAUAACAAAGGGGAAGGUGACAUAUGUUCCAGUGUAUGUUACUAAUAAGUCGGUGUCGCGUGUCAAAGGCUCGUCACAUGUGACUGUCACCCUCAUUUCUCGGGAUCAUAUACGCAAUUAGUCGGACUAAACGACGGCACACUUUACGUAAUCGCUUACGUAUUCAUAUUUCCUGGCAAAAAAAAUUCUAUCGCUAAUGACACCCACAUAUGGUGCUUCUCGAAUGUAAAUUUUUGAAUUUCAUCAACAUAAUAAGUAAAUUGUGAAUAUUAAGUGAAAUAAAAAUGAGUGCGAGUGAUAUUUGGCUGCGCGAUAUAUCUACAAAAUAUGGGUUUGUCAUUGCGACCAUCCUUUUUUUAUCACUUUGGAUAAAUUAUAAAUGGUCAAAACUUCGAAAUAAUAUCUACACGUCUUAUCUGUUGGGGUUUGAAGCUGAAUGUGCAGAACUUGCUGCAUCUUACAAACGACGACUGUUUCGAUCUUUGGAACAAAUUGUUUCCCACGAUGAGACUCUUAGGUUCAUGGGACAAAUUCGAAUUCUCGAAAUUGGGGUUAAAACAGGUGAAAAUAUCCAGUAUUAUCCUGAUGGCAGUCAAUUAAUUAUUGUCGAUUGGAACAGAAAACUAGAAAAUUAUCUCAUUUGUGGGAAAAAAUCAUGGCAAUUUUCCCAUGUUGAUUUUGAACGACAAAUUUUCGGGGAUGGAAGUUCAUUAGAAAAAAUUCCCAAUGGCUCUGUUGAUGCUGUUGUUACAACAAGAUCUCUUUGCAGUACUAUAUCUGUGGCAGACACAAUUCACGAAAUUCAUCGCGUACUUGCACCGGGAGGAAAGUAUUUCUUUAUGGAGCACAUUGCCGAAAACGAAGGAACAUUCACUAGAUGGAUUCAAACAAUGUUAACGAGAUCGACUCUAUGGCCAUCAUUAUACGGUGAUUGCCAAUUAGAUUUUAAUCCAAUCAAAGAAAUAGAAAAAAUUGGAUUUAAAAAAGUCCAAUGGAAAACAGUUACUCUCCAAGGAUACGUUUCUCAUCCAAUUCACUUAUAUUUAUCUCGACGUCAUUUAAUUGGAACUGCUAUUCGAUAAUAAAAAAUAUUUAUGAAAAUAAUCAAAUUAAUUUUUAAAAAAGUUAUAAAUUAUAAAAAUUUUAGAGUACUGAAUUUAUCAAAUGAUUUUCAUGUUUCUUUUUUAAAAAGUUUCAAAGAAAUUUCAAGUACAUUCACAUUUUUUAGGGUUCCAUACACGGUUUGGAACCAAUUGAUCUGGAGGGCUGAAAUUUGGUAUAAAAUGUGCACCGUCAACCAGGGCUUUAAGCUAGUUUUUAAUUUGUAAAAUAUUCAUUUCAAGAUUUUGAAAUUUGACAAUUAGCUGUAAUUAUAGUGUGACAUUUUGGCAACAAAGAAAGUGUAAUAUUAUUAGAAAUUUAUCAAAUACAGCGAGUCCGAAUGAUAUCUAUAUAUACAUUCACAGAUUAAGUCUUCGCGUUUGCAACGUUUCCACUAAGUCGUUACAUUUGGAAUCCAUUUUUGUCAUAAUCUUCAUCUUAUAAAAAAUAUCCAAUAAUUCAAUUAAAUCGUCAAGAUUUCAAUUUAAUCGAUAGUUCCAAAAACCCUAUAACUCAGAUUAUAGAUGACUAUAAUUAAUCCAAGUAUUCAUGAAAAUGUUAUAUACACAUGCACACAUAAUGCAUGACGUUUUCUAAAAAUGUGCUUUUUGUGUUCCUAAUGUCAAAAAAAACAUAUAUAAAUUUGUAAAAAGGAUAAUAUAUUUGAUUGUUCGUGGUUUUUGAAUUUUUAUAAAAUGCAAUUAUGUUAACGAAAAUUGGGAUGGUGGAAUAUUUUCAGAAGCCCAGAUAAUUUUUUUAAAAGAAAAAAAUUGAGUCUUAUCUAUUUAAAUAAACUCUUCUCGAUUUUAUUGCAAUCUUUACAUUAGCAAAUUCCACACCAAGUAUGCGAAAAAAAUUACAAACACAAUGUUCUGUUUACAUAAUUUGCAUUAUUGACUUUGCCGUUUUGUAGUGCUCCGUACACUGGUCUCAACUGGUCCGUACAGAACGGCUACCAUUUAUGUCGUCAUAUUUUGUGCAAAAAAAAAUCGAGAUCUCUCAAACCAUUGUCUAUAACUAAAAAAUAUCUUUCCUAAUUAAUAAUAUUCUAGUAGUAAUACAAAAUUAAUUAAUUAAAUUUAUUCGUUAUCUAAAGGAUAUUAAUUCCCAUUUUCAUAUAAUUCUUACCCACACAGCACUUAAACUUGCAGUAAUAUUUGCAACAUUACCUCAAUAUUCUAAAAUGGCAUUAUUGAAGCAAUGUUGUCAAUAUGUAUUGUUAAAAUUUUAAGUGCUGUGUGGGUAAAUUAGAUUUUAAAUCAUCAAUCAUGACGAUUUUUAAUCAGAGUAUUUUUAAACAAAAAUUUGGUUUUACCUAGAAAAAAUUAAUUUGUAAUUAGGCGAUUCUAUGUGAAACAUAUGACAUUUUGGGUAUACCGAGGUAGACAUAAUUUCAAUGAUAUCUAACUCUAAAAGUAUUGAAUUUUGAAAUUUUUGACAAGAAAAAAAAAAUUUUCAGACUUUCAUCGACUUUUGAAAUAUGCUAACGAAAAAUAUUUUUUCAAUUUUCCAGGUGUAUAAAAAUAAAAAAAAGUAAAAUAAAUCGGGUCAAAAGUUAAAAAAAUUAAUUUGUUUAUAAGAAAUCGUUAUUUUUUAAUAUAAAAAUUCAAAGGAAUUUUUUUUGUUGGCAUUUUUCAAAAGUCAAUGAAAAUCUGAAAUUUUUUUUUCUCCUGGCAAAAAUUCCUAAAUUCAAUAAUGUUUAGAUUUAAGUGUCAUUGAAAUUAGGUCUACCUCGAAAAACUCAGAUUUUAAAAAAUUGAUAACCGUUACCCUUUGAAUUAAGGUGUCUUUUCAUAUAGAUAGUAUAGUACUUUUAGCACUUCUGGCGAGAAGUUUAAAAUAUUAUGAAAAUAAAAGUGAGUUGAACAAUAUUUUCAAAUUAAGCCUAAAGUUACAUAAAUCCCACAUUUUUAAAACCAUUAUAAAAUAUUUUUUAUUAAAUUUUCCUAGUUCACAAAUUAAAAUACAUAGUUAUAAAAAUAUAUUCUACAAUAUUGUAAUAUACAAAAUGAAUAUGAUGAAAUAUAUAUGAGCUUAUUUUUUCAACAA